GGCAGUGAUUGUUCUCCGGUAUGAGGACAGGGAAACGUAUCCCACGCUUGCAAAAGAGCUCUCCCAUGUUGCGUAGCGGAGAGGACUCGCCACAGCCAAAGAGCGCUCUGCUGUGAGAGCGAAAGUGUCAGAGUUGCGGUAGCUCAGAAAGUGCAUGUGGCUGCGUUCGUCAGUGGAAACUGCGCUGACCAAGAGGAGUAGGAGCUGGAUAAACAUUUCAGAAGCCAGUCGAGGUGACCUAUAGAAAAACAACGCACAGGAAAACAGGAGGCUAUUGUCAGGAAAGGUGCAACGAAAUAUUUAAAUAGACUUGUGAGCAAUGCACUGGCAGCAUGGCCAGAUGGUUCAGGGAACACCUAGGAUUCAAAACUACCAAAGCACCACCUCCGGCGCCCCCGAAACCAGACUACAGAUAUUGUCACGCCGCUGUGACCGGUACGCUUGGCUACCAACAACCAAGCUCCGGGGCCACCUCUCUCUAUCCAAGCCCCGCACAGCCGGACAUUCUUGCUGCUUACAAACUACAAAAGGAACUGGACUUCGAAGAUCCGUACACGGGAGGAGGAAAUAUUUCGUUUGGAACUGGUCUGGGCUCUGGGGGGUCGCCGGACAUAAAGUAUGUGUCACCAAAGCACCGGCUUAUAAAGGUGGAAACAAUCGAGAAAAGCAACUCUGCUCCGGGCAGCGGUAUCAUAGCCCAAGCUGUUGCUGUUGGGAACGUUAAAUCACCCACGUCACCCCCUCCUGAAAAUGAGAAUAAAGAAAAGCUCAUUAUCCUGGAUGACUAUGCAGACCCGUUUGAUGCGGAGCAGGACGGGGGGACCCAGGCCACCACAGAGAAGGUGACCCAGGCCAGCACAGAGAACGAUGGCUACAUGGAGCCCUAUGAGGCCCAGAAGAUGAUGGCAGAGAUCCGCGGUGGCCGGGGGCCUAAGGAGGGGUCACUGAGAUCGCUGCCCCUGUACGACACGCCCUACGAGCCAGCUGAGAACGGAGGGGACUCGGACGGCGAGCGUCCCCGCUGCCCCAGAGAGAGUCGGCUACCGCAGGACGACGAGAGGCCCCCGGAGGAGUACGACCAGCCCUGGGAAUGGAAGAAAGAGCGCAUCUCCAAGGCUUUCGCAGUAGAGAUUAAAGUAAUCAAGGAUCUGCCGUGGCCCCCUCCUGUCGGUCAGCUCAACCACAGUCCUGCCCUGGUCCUGCUGGAGGGGGUGGAGUCACCCCCCGCUCUGCCCCCCCAGCCAGCCCAGCACUCCCCUGGACACACUGCCUGUGACCAGCACCACCAUGUCCAGUUUGAAGGGGCGGAGAAGUCCAGAAUGUCGCCCACCAGGGAGGGUAAAGGAGGGCGUCCGCCACGCAUCCACUCCAGUUGCUGUCUGGUCAACACCAAGAUGAGCUCUCUGGACCACUGCAGUGCUGCUCUGGGGGAACGCAUUGACCCCUCCAUGUCCCUGGAGAGCCAAUUCUGGUACCAUGGAGCGAUCAGCAGGACGGAUGCAGAGUCUCUGCUGAGGCUGUGUAAAGAGGCCAGCUACCUGGUGAGGAACAGUGAGACCAGCAAGAACGACUUCUCCCUCUCACUCAAGAGCAGCCAGGGCUUCAUGCACAUGAAGCUGUCGAGGACGAAGGAGAACAAGUACAUCCUGGGUCAGAACAGCUGUCCCUUCGACAGUGUCCCCGAGAUCAUCCACUUCUACUCCAGCCGCAAGCUGCCCAUCAAGGGGGCCGAGCACAUGUCCCUUCUCUACCCCGUGGCCAUCAGGACACUAUAGUGACACGUCCUUCCCCAAAGGUCACACAGGGGUCAGGGGUCAGAUGCCCUCUCCUGCCACCACCCAUGGGAAACCCUGUCACUCUGCCUUUCUCCUUCUGUAUGAUUGGUCUGAAGGACAGAGUUCAAGUUGGCGGAGGAGGCAGGGAUGAUGAUGAUGAUGAUGAUGAUAACACAGCUCACCUGUCAUCACCCGCCUGAUCGCAGACCAGCUAUUAACUUUUUGUUUGUACUUGCUACAACAUUAUCAUUGCAUCAUUGACUGACACAUUAUCUGCUGACGAGCAUUGUUUCACUGAUCCCACAGCUGCUUCCUCAACAGUACCACUCUGUACCAAUCUCCUCCACACAAGACCUGUUCAUAUUGGAUUUGGCUCCAUGUUAUGCUGAAAGUGUUUAUUUAGUGAGGGGAAGCUAAAGAUUGUAAUGACCUUUAUAAAGGAAGUGGGGAAGGCACAUUAAUGUAUUGGAGUUGGGUUAUAUAUGGGCACUCUACAGUGGCCGGCAAACUCAAUAAACCUGCCCUGUGUGAAUACUUUA